AUGACAAAAGGAGAAAACUCUUCAAAUGGCAGAGUUCUGGAUUUUGACCAUCUCACUUUCUGGGUGGCAAACGCAAAAACGGCGUCAAGUUAUUUCGUCACCCGUUUCGGUUUCAAGCCGCUCGCAAUAAAAGAUGCAACCGAAAGUAAUCCGGUGCAAGCCCACGCUGUCAAACUUAAUAAGAUAACAAUAAUAUUCGAAUCUCCUACCACUCCAGAUGGUGAAAUCACUAAAGAUUUGAGUGCUCAUGGUGACUUCGUUAAAGAUGUAGCAUUUGCUGUAAACGAUCUCGACGAAUUGGUGCGAAGAGCAAAGCGGGAAGGUGCUGAGAUUAUUAAGGACAUAACAGAAGACAGCGACAAUGAUGGACUUGUAAGGUAUGUUAUACUCAAAACCUAUGGUGACAAUACCCAUACAUUGAUAGAUCGAACGAAGUAUAACGGAGUACUACUACCCGGAUAUAAUGUCAUAGAAGACGAUCCUUUAAACAAACUACUACCUGACACAUAUUUAACGUUCAUCGACCAUGUAGAGGGCAACAUGGCGGACGGCACGCUCGAAGACACCGUGACGUGGUACGAGAAGAACCUAAACAUGCACAAAUUUUGGUGUGUUGAUUACGAACACGACCUUGUCCCGUACUCGUGCAUCAAUUCAUCUUCUAUCAUUAAUCAGAGCGAGACUGUACUUUUGUCGCUGAACGAAGCCGCUAAAGGCUUACGUCCGACGAGCAAGGCGACUGAAUUCGUAAAGGCGUUGGGUGCCUCAGGGGUUGAACACAUUGCCCUAUAUACUGACGACAUAAUCACCACCAUUCGAAAUUUGAAAGUACGAGGUGCUGAAAUUCUGUCAUGGCCCUCAACCUACUACGAUCUUAUAAAUGAAAAGUUGAAAAGCAGCAGUGUGAAUGUAACAGAGAGUAUUGAAAUGCUUAAGGAGCACGACGUCCUCAUAGAUUUUGAUGAGCGUGGAUAUUUGCUGCAGGCCUUUACUAAACAUGUCCAAACCCGUCCGACGCUCUUUAUUGAAAUAAUACAGAGAAGAAAUUACAGAGGUUUCGGUGCCAUGAAUUAUAAAUGGGUUUUUGAAGCAAUCGAACGCCUAGAAGAUACGGCUGACAAAAUUUCAAAGUAG